GCAAACUGGGGGCCACUCCGCACGUUCCCAUCCUUGGCGGGCACCAUCAGAGAGCUUUCAGGCUUUCUUUGGAGUGGCCUGAGUGACGUCGCAAUUGUUCCCCAGCUCAGUUGUUAUGGAAUCUGGCUGGGCUGUUCUACCUGGUCUGCAACGUCUCCGAUAAGGCCAUGGGCAAAGAACGGCCCCUGCCUGGGGCGACCAAGAAGAAAGUCUCCGAAGACAAGGUCUCCAAGAACGAGGGCAGGCACAAGAAACACAAACGACUCAAUGUCAAGCGCCAUGACAGUGAUGACGAGAGUUCAAAGGAUCCCAAUGAGCAGGAGGGAGGCGUCUCUCUCCUCCAACACGAAGAUGAGAAGACUGCCAGUAAUUCGCCCCUGUCCCAGGAAGAGAAGAAGCGGCGCAAGAAGGAAAAGCGUCUCCGAAAAGAGGCGCUCAGGGAGCUGAUGGAAAACGCUGUGCAUCCCUCUCCCACUGCGUCUCGUCUCGACGUGGAAGCUGGUGUGGAGCGUAGGGACAAGAGAAAACGCGAUAAACUUCAAGCUCAACAACCAGUGCAGAUGGGCCAGACUGAAAACGAGGGAGCCAAUCCCACAGAAGGCCACGAGCCGGCCGAUGGUGAGGACGUUUCCAUGAUUGAUGCCAAGCAAGCGCCGGCCGAACGCAAGGAACUGCAAGCUCAGUCCGAAGAUGAGGACAUGGAGGACGGCGGUGCCCUCUUGCAGCCAGGAUACACUGCGCCACCCUCUGGAAAGAACCGCGUGGUCAGGCGGCGUUUGAACCUGAUCGACCGAGAGAGAUUAAGGAUUCAGAAGAAGCUGGGUGUCAAGGAGGGCUCUGACGAGAACGCGCAGAAGGUGCAGGACCUCCUGAAUAAGUUCAUCGUCACUUACGACGCCAAGGCCGAGCGGCGUGAGGUCAGAAAGAACGAGCGCAAGGGGGCGGAGUCCACGCGUCUUCGAUGCAGAGCAGGCCACCCCUUCGAGCGGCGUGGAUCGCGCAACUAGAAAUUGUCGCAGCCGCCAGAACCCCGUAAUCUCGACCUGAGAAAGUGCCCAGGUGCUCGAAGCAAGCCCGUUGGCAACCGCACAAAAGUCGCAAGGGGAAAAGACAGUAAAUUUCAGCGGCAAGCGUUCCGUCGCGCAGAGAUCGCUGGGCCGGAGCCAACUAAAUCCAACAAGUCUCUGACGAGACGUGCAAAUGAUGUGGGUAAAUUGGCCCUCCGGCCAUCUUGGGAAGUCUACCACACUGGGAAAUGGUGAGGCAUUCAGCGAUGGACCGGCGCAUGCAGCCCAUAAUACGGCGUCGUGCACUUCCUCAGCUCCCGCUGACUGGAAGACAUCCUUUCGAUACGAUCCCGCGUGGAGAUGUGGUCGCUGUACUCAAGUGCUUGCAGAGAACAUGGAAAUACACAAUAAAUAGCCCCGCUUCCACGCCCACAUCCAAGCUCCCUGGAUCCCCAUGCGCAUAAGAGUUGCCAAAUAAUUCAGAUUCGCUAUGCCGGAGAUUGGAGUGAUUAUUUACAAUUUGGUACAAGUUGCUCGUGCCCUCGAUGAUCUUAUGCGGUGGUGCUGGAUGUGUCUCAACCGAUCAAUCCGAGCAUCGCAAAAUCCCCUGCCUUAUGUUUUGUUUCUGCCGUCCUCGGGCUUCUCUUCCUUUCCACCCUCCGCCUCACUCUUCUUGGAGCCGCUGAAGACCUCCUUGACCUGAUCCAUGAUGAGUGUGCCAUAGCCCUCCCCGUUCUCGAGUGUCUCCUUCUCCUUCCUGGCCCUCUCGGCCCUCCAGUCUUCUUUUUCACUUCCCAUCCAAAUCUUGGAGAAGAUGCUGCGGGACGCCAUCUCCUUCUUUUCCCUCGCCUCCUGCAGCGCCUUGCGCUCCGCCUCGGGCAGGAGUGCCUCCCUCCUCUCCCUCUCCAUCCGCAUGAGCUCUGAGUUCCGCUUCGCCUUCUCAGGCAAGCCGCUCGAGAACAUGGUCUGCCACCGCCGGUCAAAUCGUUGCGUCAUCGACUCGCCCGUCCAGUCGUACGCGAGCACGUUGGUCGCCCAGAAGGUGCCGCCCGACAGGACCAUCGCCUGCAGGCCCAUCCGCCGCGGGGGCAUGAAUAGGGCUACGGGUCCGAGGAUCGCGACCCCUAUUGCGGCAUUGUGCAUCCAUGGGGGUGUCUGCGUCUUGGGCGCUGCUGCGUUGUCUGUCGGUGGCUGGGGGGAAUUUGGAGGCGACGUUUGCGCCGAGGGAGGUUGUGGUGUCGCCAUUCUGGCUGCUUCUGGGUUAUUUGGGGAUUUCUGUUGGUUGGGGAUCGUUGUAGGCUUCGGAUGGAGAGCAGAACGUUUUGACAGUGGUUAAGGGUACAAUUCGGCGAUAGUUGUAGAGAAUGGCGAUCGAGAAGCUCUCCCAUGCGCGAUGAUCCCAAAAAGCUCCUUAUCUUAUCGGGCGUUGGGCCCACUUGCUUGGCAGCCACGGCCCACCAGUAUUCCAUACCUCAAACUUAUUAGACCACGAGUCUAAAGUCAACCCUUCCGUCCAUGAACGCUCGUCUUGGCUUCACA